AUGGUUCACAAUGUUUGCCGGGAGAAGCUGCCAACAUCCGUCCAGGAACAAAUAGACCCAUCUAGAUUCUCUUACUGUGUUGUUUUUACGUUACGUCUUGGCCUUAGGAUGCUUUAUGGUACAGUGGAGACGGACAACCCGCACGCUGUUCAACACUUCCUCCUGGAGGUGUAUCAGCCGGUGAUGCUCGCUACACCUGCUGAACCAUCAGUCCUCGGCCACUACCGAGACCUGGCAGGCCUUCCUCGCCUCGUGAACCUGGUGGGGGCGCAGUUGGUGUACCACGUCGGGGCAGCCACUGAGACGCCCCUGCUGUUCCUCCCUAGUGAAGUGUUGGCUCUUCCUGACGACAAAGAGGAGCUGCGUCGCUUAAGUCUCGAUGUGGGUCUCCUCAACAGGACAGAAGAGUUGCUGCUACACUGGAUUGAACAGGUCCACCUCUUCACGUUCGAGCAGGGCGACGCCUCCUCCCCCCUGGAGCUGGGUCUGCUGCACGAGAUACGACAACUCUCCAGGAAAGGAGAGAUGCUGAAGGAGCUCCUCAACCUGAUGGAGAGCUCGAAGGUGAAGAAGGUGUUGAACUUCUUAGAGGCUCAGAGCUCCCCUUUCAUCAUCCUCUUCCAGCAAGCCGUCGACAACCUCAGGAUCAAUUUACUACUGAUAGAUAAAAACAUAGACGUACAGAUGGUACAGAAGCGGUUGAAGGAGACUGGCGGACAGCUGGUUCACCUUGAGGCACCGCUGGACCAACUGUACAACGACUCUGUACAGGCGCUGACGGAACAUAUGUAUGAUGUUCUCGCCUUGUUGAGAAUCAUCUGGAUGCACUCAGACCACUACCACAAACAAGAGGUCAUGACGGAGCUGUGUGUGCGUGUGUCAUGGGAGGUCACGAGGGCAUGUCAGGUCCACCUCCCUCUCGACACCCUUUUCUCCCCGACUUCGAAGACUCCGUCCUUCAAGACACCGGAGGGGAAGGACUCGCUGGGUCUGGUGGAGGUCGCUAUCAAGUGUUGUAGGGAAUGGAAGAAUUGUUAUAAAGAGUUGGCCACACACUUCGGGGAGCAGGAUCGGCCACACGUUUGGCUCCCCGACACCGACGCCAUCUUCCUCCCCGUCGAGCUCUUCGUCAGCCGCUGUGAGGACCUCAAAUACAUAGGCCUCAGUAAGGCCCAGCUCACAAGACACGGUGACGGAGGAAUGAUGUCGGUGAAGUCCUUGGGUGGUGCUGAGGGAGGUGCUGAGAGUGAGUUACUGGAGGAGGAACUGGCACAGGUGGACCGGGUGCUGGAGGCCGCCCUUAAGGCUGUAGGCAGGAAGAGUCACGUCGUGUUCAACCUCACCUCCAAGGACUGGCUUAAGCACUUUGACAGGUUCAGGGAGAGCAUGGAGGAGGUAGAGAGGAGGUACCAGUGUGUGAUGGUGGCAGCGGUGCAGACGGUGGAGACAGUGGCUCAAGGGCUGCGGGUCCUCAACGUCUUCAAACCACUAGCAGCCAGGAAGUCUCUGUUCUCUGUCUUCUAUGUUAUGAUCGACCACAUUCUUAACCUGUUUGACCGGGACUUCGAGGAGGUGGAGAAGGAGUAUGUGUUCCGGUCUAUGAAGGUGGGCGGUGACGGGUUCUAUUACUCCAAGAUGGCCAAGUGGGCGGCUGAUACUCGUAAGAAACUCGAGCAAGAGGUCAAUCUCCUGAAGAACCAGUCAUGGCUCCCGUACUACCCUCGCCUCGACUCCAUCUACAGGCGGUGGGGACGGACGGUGACGCUACUGAAGGGGGUCGUCUCAAACAUGUACGCCGCCUGGAAUGCUUCACUGGAACCCAACCCUUAUAAACGUCUUAUGGAACCGAUCUUUAGGUGGAGGCCAGGACCCGUACAGACCCUUCAGGACAACUUUGAUAUGCAGCUGUAUAAGAACCUGGAGGAGGCGGCAGCGUGGAAGGCCAUGGCGUUUGAAAUCCCUGAGAGCAUCAACCCAAUCUUUAUGGAGAACAGCGUCUACAUGGAGCUGAAGAAGCAGGUGCGUGAGUGUGCUGAAGGCUUCAACAGCUUCAUGACCAGGAUCUCUCGUGAUGAGGCGGCGAUGUUUGAAGGACAAAUUCAGGCGACAGUGAAGACGUUUUUCCCUGGUCUCUCUGCCAUCAGCUGGAUGCAUCGGCAGCAGACGACCUCCCUCCUCGCCAGGUGUAACGGUAUAGUAAGCACCGUGCAGGAACAAGUGACACAGUACCUGACGGUGAACCAGAAUAUCUCCAGUAUCCUCAUGAGCACUAAGAAUCUCACUCUAUAUCUCAACGACGAUGAAACUAUUUAUGAAAACGACGAGUUCCAGAUUGAUCUCAUUCACCAACUCGGCUCCACCAUUGAGAACGUAAAGUCUCAAUUCUUGAAAAUGGAAGACAUUCUGGACACUCUUUACAAAACUCUUAUAAAGAAAACCAACGUCAAGUCUCAGAAGGCUUGGCUGGAUUAUGUAUUAAGAAUUGAUCAUCUUUUCAUGGACUGUCAAAAAGAAAUUCUGAGGAAGUCAUUAUUGUCGUUUGAGGGAAUGUUGAUGGGCUCUCGAAGCUGCCCAUCAGAACAGCUCUCACCUGUGUUCAAACUUUCCAUUAGUCUGACGAACUCAAGAAUCGUGUGUAAGCCUUCAGUGAACCGUGUGCUAAAUGUGGUAACUUCCCUUCGAACUCAGUUUUCUGAGAGUCUGGUCAAGAUUCCUUGUCUUCUGAGACGAUUUGCUCUUGAGAAAGCAAAAGCUCAUGAACAUUUGCCUUUGCUGGAAGACGAACUUAGUGAUAAACUGCAGAUGAAACUAUCAGGAGAGUUCCAGACACAAGUGGAAGACCUGAAAGAAAAACUGGAGCAGUGGCAUCAAUACCGCGACCUGUGGGAGGUAAACAGAGAAGAGUUUUUCGAACACUACCUCAAGAAUGCCAAGUCCGUCUAUGUGUUCGAGACGGAUAUAAUGACUUUUGAGAGAAAACUGAGAGAUAUCGAGAACGUGGAUGAUCACCUGAAGGUGGGAACAUUCUAUAUAAAUUCCGAAAAGCUGAAGACGCAACUUAUUAAGCUCUGUAAGUCUUGGAUAUCUGAGUUCGAGAGAAACCUUUUCAAAAUAGCCUCAGACAAGUUGGAGUCUUUGUAUAAUUAUAGCAAGGAAACAAAAUGCUUACUUAAAAGCGACCCACAAGAUAUUCCUUCUCUUCUCUCCUCUGCUGAGGAAUGUCACUCAUCACGGCAACAACUAACAAAAUACAGAAAUGAGUUCCAGCCCGUACGGGAGCAGUUUGAGGUGUUGAAGAAAUAUCAGUAUAAAAUUCCCUCAAAUGUAAAUACGAGUCUCGCACAGCUUGAGAGCGAGUGGGAUACUGUUGAAACUUCAUUAACUAACAAGAUCCUGGAGCUUAACUCAGCCCUUGACAGGUACAGGAAGGCUUACACUGACCGCUCAGAGAUAGUCAUGGAAGAAGUGGAGAAUCUUAAGCUGCAGUUCAGACAAAUGUUGCCGACCAGGUUUGAUAAAACUAUUCCAGAGGCGAACGAGAACAUAGCAAACCUAAAAGAAAUGAUGUCAGAUAUUAUGAACAAACUGGUUAUUAAUGAAACUCUGGAACUUCUCUCGUUGUCAGUGAUUGAAUUUCCGGAGCUGCCAGCCUUCCAACAUGAUCUUGUGUCCGCGGAAAAAAUGUGGUCGCUGCUGGAGGAGUGGCAGAAGGCGUGGGACACUUGGGCUGGUAUAGUUGUGUGGGAAGUUAGUGUUGUGGCCCUGCAAGAGACAUUGUCAGUGUAUGGCCACAAGAUAAGAGCGAUACAGCCUUUUGCUGCCUUCGCUGGAGGUAAAAUAGAAAACAGAGCUGCUCUGGGAGAGAGUGAGUGGGAAUUAAAAGAAGAAAUUUUAACUCGUGUAGAGUUGUGCAAGCUUCUGGUUCCUCUCACACUCAACCUACAAAACGCUAACCUUAGAGACCAUCACUGGCGCCAAAUUAAGUCUCUCGUCAAGACGGAAUUUGAUAAGGAUUCGGAGGAAUUCACUCUCGGUUUCCUUCAGAAGCUGAAUUUAACAUCUUACAAAAAAGAGAUGGGCGCCAUCAUAAUAGACUCAACAGAGGAGACCAAAAUUGUUAAUGCCAUCCAGGACAUCAACAACCUCGCCUCACAGAUCAGCCUCAGCCUUAAGCCCAUCGCCUCCAUGGGUGUGUCUGUGGUCGAGUCGACGUCAGACGCCAACUCGAUCAUCGCAGAGCUGAACAUGAGGUUGCAGAUCUUGGCCGCCUCACAUCACGCUAAGCCAUACAUUAACGACAUCGAGGACAUCCGCUCUAUGCUCUCCUCUAUGAUAGAGUUUCUGGAGAAUGUGGAGGAGCUGCAGAAGAAAUGGGCCACCUGGGAGCCUUUCUUCCACGUGGCUGAUGUGAGGCUACACUUGGUACAGGCGACGGCCAUCUUUGACUCCCUGAACGACCGUUGGAGAAAGCUGUCUACACUCAUGACGUCAGAACACUUCCUUAAAGUGUUCGCCCUCCAGGAAGACCUUCAAGAGGAAGUCAAGUUCAUAUCAGAAGAAUUCAACGGUAUGGCCACUCACGUUAAGCCGUAUCUGCAGGACCGAAAGGAACAAUAUUCACGAUUUUGGCUUUUAUCAGACGAUGACCUUGUUGCUACCAUCUCCACUGUGUUGGACGGCGAGCAUGCCAAGCCCUUCCUGCCCAAGUUGUUUACUAACAUUACAAAAAUAAAACAAGAGAAGAACAGCCAAAUAGGAGGACUAGAAGCCAUUGGAGUAUAUUCUUCAGAGGGAGAAUUUCUGGAGCUCAAUUCUUAUAUUCCUAUUAUUGGUUCUUUUGACAAUUGGCUCAAGAAUCUCUCAGCUGCCAUAGAAACGACUCUUAAAGAUAAUGUGAAGCAGUGUAGAAACAGUAUGAAGUCUGCAGUGAUGAAGGUGGAUGACAUCGUGAAGCUCUGGCCUCUCCAAGUCACCGCCAUCGCCUUCGUGAUGCACUGGACGGUAGAGAUAAGUCGAGCUCUGGCUAAGUUCAAAGGUCAUUUGAAUUCUGACCAACUUCAAGUAUUUAAAAAGAAAGCGAGGGACUCUCAGACUCGACUUGACGGUUGUCUUCAGGGAAAUUUAUCUAAACUUGUACGAGAGAAAAUCCGUCUGUUUUACCUCACAGUACUGCAGAUGAGAGACUUCCUCACCUUCGCUUCAGAGAGUAGGAAAGGUCUGACAAGUGAGAGCGACAUGCCACUGCGAUACUCGUGGGAGAAAGACACUGACAAUAUGUUGCUGCAGAUCGGAUCCUUCGACUUGUCCUACUCUUGGGAGUAUCAAGGAUUGUGGUCCUUUGCGGCAAUUACUCCAUCCACUUCUCGCUCCAUCCACAACUUAGCGCGGGUACUGUCUCAGGGUGUGGCUGUUGGGGUGUUGGGUGCUCAUGGGUGUGGCAAAACAGACACGGUCAAGACGAUGGCUCAUCUCCUAGGUCGCCACCUCGUCACAAUGGCCUGCACUGCUUCCCUCACUACUGUACAGCUGGCACAGACGCUCAUAGGAACCAGUCAGUCCCACAGUUGGCUGCUGCUUGAAGAGGCUCACUGUCUCAACCUCGAUGUUGUGCCCGUUCUUGGUGAGAUGUUGAGGUCGUUGCAAGAUGCCCAGCGAGCAGCAACAACUACAGGAGUCAAGGCUGGUGGUGGCCGAGGCAGUAAACAACAACAGCCGCCAACGAAGAUCCUGGAGGGGGUGAAGGUCUCGGUGUCUCCCCUGGCUGCUGUCCUGCUGGAGAUGGAGCCCAGCCACGAGUCCUCCCUCCAGAUCAUGGACAUCUUCAGGCAACAGUGUAAACCUGUCGUCAUGUUCUCUCCGGAUUUACAGAUGAUUACUGAGUGUGUGAUGCUGGUGGAAGGCUUCAAGGAGUGUAAGAGCCUGGCAGUGAAAGUGAGUCAGGCGGUGGAGAGCUUGUCAACAGCCCUCCCUCGCCGUUACCGCUGGCAGCUGGGUACGAGGAGCGCCUUCAUCAUCAUCACUCUGGCCAAGGACAUCAUGAAGAGACAACCUGAGAUUGAUGAAAUAGACACCAUUCCUUUAGCGUUAAAAGAAUACUUAAUACCACAGCUAAAGGAUGAUGACCUGCCAGUGUUUAAAGAGGUGUUCGAGCUCCUGUUCCCUGACUUCGAUGCUGCGUCUCCCGUUAACGAGGUCCUGAAGGAGGCUGUGGUGGAUGAAAUGAAAGACAACGAUUAUAUUGUGAAGGACAACUAUGUGGAGAAAAUUCUUCAGCUGCACGACGCCAUAUCCAAGAACCAAAUGAUAAUAUUAUUCGGGACUUCUGGUUCAGGAAAAUCUACAUCAUUGAAGUUAUUAGAGGCAGCUUAUAAUACACUUAAUUAUGAAGGCAAUGUGAGCUGUAAAGUUACCAAAGUGGAGGUCCUCAAUCCCCUGAUCCUUGAUGAUGACUUACUGUACGGGCCCAACGAGGAGGUGGUGGUUAAGACUAGUGAGGGAUAUCUUUCACACUUGUUAAGGAAACUUCAUAAGUCUAGUCCCUCAUCUGAGAGCUGGCUGGUGUUAGAAGGACCUCAAGGACACAAUUGGCUCAGGAACUUCUUUCUUCAUGUACACUUCACCAAAAACAAUUUCCUUACUGGUCAUCGGCAAUCAAUUUCAUUUCCUAAUAACUUGAAGAUUAUCUUUGAGAUAUCAGGAGACGUGAGUCAUCUCUCCCCAGCUGAGUUAACCUCUUGCUAUGCCGUGUACUUCCCAGCACAACCUAAGCUGUGGGAGGACGUCAUUCAGAGCUGGAGAAGCACCAUCACAAAUAACAGAAUCUCCCGAGCCCUUCAGACCUUAAUAAAGAGAAACCUUCCAAAUUUUAUUAAUAUAAUGAACCCGGAGACCAUUACCAAACCUCACAUGCUAAUGAAAGCUAAGGCGUUUGUGGCCAUCAUGAGAUCCUUCCUGGAGACCGAGUUGGUUAACGCUGACCCCGAGGACUGGGUAGCCAGACUUACACCAGCUUUCAUAUUCAGUAUUAUUUGGUCUUUUGGGGCGAAUAUUUCCUCGUCUGAAGCUGCAGAGUUUGAGGAGGUGGUGACCAGGAUGAUUGAGGACGUGCCAGAGGGAGGCAUUUAUGACUACUACGUUGACGUGACCACAGGACACUUCGCCUCCUGGAGUAAACUUGCGCCAAGGUUUGAGGAACUUCAGCUUCGUCUGCCAGUCAUCGAGUGUAGUAUCAUCCCAACGGACAGAAUCAUCAAGUACUCUCACAUGACCCAAAUGUUAAUGGCUGAAGGUAUCCCGGUCCUUCUGAAAGGUGUUCCUGGAUCAGGGAAGACUGCCAUCAUCAAUGUUCUGCAACAGAAUUCUGAUCCCUUCAGCGAAGUGACUGUGUUGAGUCAUACAGCUUGUACUCGACCCAAAGAUAUUCAAAACGCAAUUGAAAAGAGUCUAAUGAAACAGGGCAAAGAUGUUCUUGCCUGUAAAAAGCCAAAGUUACAUUUAUUAAUAGAUGAUCUUCACUGCAGCGAGGGUGACGUGCAAUUGCAUGAAAUUCUGGCAACAGUUAAGUUCACUGCAAAUAAUCGAAAAUUAUACAGUCAUGACAGUAAAUCAUUUCUCAAGAUUCCUGAGCUGUGUUACAUGUUUACUUUCCAAAAGAUAGAUUGUAACUUUGGUCAGGAGAAAACACAAGAGAUAACUGAACACAUUGACACCUACUGGUCAGAGUCCUUCCAUACCCUCACGAUGCCUGACUUUGAGAAUGAAGAGCUGGAGGCCAUCUUCAGUCAACUGUAUGAUCAAACUUUAGGCCACUUCGAGCAGGAGGUAAAGUGCUUGAAGACUGUUGUAGCUGAAGGAAUUAUUUACCUUUACCGGCGUAUGGGUGAGAGCGGCCAGGUGGCGUGUGGCGACCACCUGGCGAUCAUCCACCACCCCCGUCAGAUAGUAUCGGUACUAAAAGGUCUCCAGCUGGCUGACGAAGAAACCCAAGACCGAGACAACUUCCUGAAGCAUUUAACUCACGAGUGUUACAGAGUGUUCCAGGACGUCGGUGUUGUACCUCAGGAUGACUUUGAUAACUUAAUGAACGAAGUAUUGACGGAAUAUCUCUGUAUUAACCUUGAGAGCAUCUGCACUGACCCAAGAAUGUUUCUAUUGACUCGUCUUGGCAAUGAUGACAACUUCUACGAGGACACAGACAUUGAGAAGAUUUUACCCCAUCUGAAGAAGGUUGGCAAGGCUCUCAUUGGCAACAAUAGAAUGUUUGCAAUCUACGACGGCCUUGUUCACCACACUGUUCGUCUGUUGAGGAUAUUAGGAAAUAAUAGCACUACAGUAAGAGAACAUGAGAGUGAUAAAAGUCCUUCUACAGCACUUGAGAGUAUUGGAGGACAUCUUCUACUUGUGGGUCCUGAAGGCUGUGGGAAGAAAAUGUGUGCUCGCCUUGCCUCCUCAGUCGCCAAUUACAAGAUUUAUGAUAUUAUUGGAACGGAAGUUGAAGCUACGACACAGACCAAGAAUAUUGUCAGUGAUCUCAAAAUGGGUACCCCAGUUCUUGUUAUCAUUGACUGGAAUGUUGUGGAAGAUGUAAGUAAUUUAAAGUUUCUGGAUGACUUACUAGUCGAGCAGCAGUAUAUUGAGAAGGAUAGUGAGAGACAAAGUAGCAUCAGGAUUUUAGUAUCUGUUCCAUCACUCGAAGAAGCUCACGAGAUCCUCAAAUACAUUCCCAUAAUAUCAACUUUUUAUAGUGUUGAUACAUUCCAGGAGUGGUGUAUGGCAGACCUCCAGAAUAUCGCUAAACAAAUACUGUCAGAGAAACUAGACCAAAAUCUCUCGGAAAUAAAAGCACAGUCCGUGGCAGAGAUAAUGGCCAGCAUCCACUGUAACACCGGCUCCAACCCCUCGGCAAUAUUUUUAGAAUUUUUGACAAUGUAUCUAAAGAUAUACAACAAAAUGUUCACUGAUAUAGUUGAGGAAAAAGAAAAAUUGAAUAUCAGUAUCGUUAAGUUUGAGGAAACACAACAGCGAGUGACAGAAUUAUCUAACCAACUGGAGGAGCAGCGAGCACAGGUGACGUACAUCCAACAGUCUUGUGGUGGUGUUGUCCUCAAGAUGAGAAACAUCAAGUCUGAGCAGGGAAGGCUGGAGCAGGACCUCGCCAAGAAUGCUGUGCUCCUCAAGAGACAGCAGGAUGAGUCGACAAGGAUACGAGAACUGAUCAGCCGUGACCUCACUGCACCUAAACUAGAAAUGAAAGCAAUUCAUCGGAAGUUAGAUCGUAUUACAAGAGCAGAGUUCGAGAGUUUGAAGAGUCUUGGGAGGCCGCCAAAAUGUUUUGAGUUAGUGUUCGAUGCUGUGUUGACGACACUUGGGUUAGAUCCGUCAUGGAAUGAAGCAAAGAAGCAAAUGUCUAAUGGACUGAACUUUAUAUCAUCCAUACGAAAAAUUUCCGUCGAGGACACGAACGAGAAAGUUCUUGCCAGGAUCCAGUCUUAUCUCAAGAUGGAAGAACUGAAUGUUGAAAAAGUUACGGAAGAAUCUUCUACAACAGGAACUUUUCUCAAUUGGCUACACGCCUUUGAGAAGUACGUGAGAGUGUACAAGGACUAUCACCCACUGAAGGUGCAGGCGGACAUCAUCGCCAGGGACGUCGAAGCAACAGAGGACGCCAUUAAGCAAUACGAGGAAGACUUGGCUGGCUUUGGCAUUGAGCAUCAAAUGCUUAUGGCACAACUGAAGGAGAAGGAACAACAACUAGAAGCUGCUGAAGAAGAGAUGAAGGUGUUGGAAGGGCGGAUACAGCUGGCCCAGAAGGUAAUGACGCAGCUGGGGGAGGACAAGAUUCACUGGGAAGAAGCUCUGUCCCACAGUAGCGUCAAGCUUCGUAACCUUUAUGGUGAUGCUGUGUUGGCCGCAGCUUAUGUGACGUAUGUAGGAGUGUUUACUCACACAGAGAGACAAGUUGUUGUUAAGGACUGGCAGGAGAAGAUGGAUGAAUUGUGUAUUUUUUAUACGAAGGAGAAAAACGUCUUGGAUAUUUUAGCCCCUCUUGAGUUACAGGUCAGGUGGCAUGAGGAAGGUUUGCCCAUUGAUACUUUCUCCCUCGAGAACGCUGCCAUCAUCUACAACUCGAGCCUCUCUCAGCUGAUCCUUGACCCGCACUGCAUACUCGAGGACUGGAUCCGUAACUGGAAAGGUGCCGUCGAGAUUGACCUUAAAAGUUGUGAUUAUUUGGACCAACUUGAGAAGAUUAUGACAGAAGGUCUGACGUGUGUUGUGAGACAAGAGGAGCUCUCACUGCCUGUCCACAUCCUCCAGAUUCUCGAGAUGGAGCGAAUACAAACAGAUGACGUCAACAAAACUCUUGUCAAAGUUGGGGAGAAGGAGAUAGAUCUUCACGAUAACUUUAAACUUAUAAUAUUAUUGAAGACUCGAGAAACUGAGAUCAGCAACAACAUCAAAACUUUAGUCAACGUGGUGAACAUAGAGAGUCAGCAGGAGGGUUUAGGGGUGCUCCUGGUGGCGAGGAUAUCCUUUCACUGUCAGCCAGACUUGUUGGAGGUGCUGAAGAAAAGUGAAUGGGACUUACUCGACCGACAGAAGCAACUCGCGGAACAAGAAGAAACGAUCAGAAGUCUCAUGUCCCGCUUUGAUGACGAUGUUCUGGAGGAGAGCACCUUGAUGGAGCUGCUUCAGGCCGCGUGUGCUAAGGCAUCAGAAGCCAAGAAAAAAUGUCACGACCUUCGCAGGACAGUCGAAGUGGCCAAGGAAGGUAACAACACUUACAGGAAAGUAGCAUAUCUCAUGACGCGUCUGUACCUGAUGGUGGAGCGUUUCCCCCGCCUGCAGCCGUCCCUCACCAUGGGGAUACACCGCUUCAGUAGCCUCAUCAUCGGUGAGAUGCAGCCGCAGAGUUUCGCCGCCUCGUGGGGCAGCAUGUUGGCCAACAAUGUCGUCAUCAAGAUGUUGCAGUCACUCUUCAGACACUUCCAGGAGCAGGUGAGCACAAUAUCGCUGGUGACGGUGGGACUUAUCCUGGCUAUGUGGUACGAGUGUCACAUCGGGCUGAUAACUCCCCAGUUCUGUUCCCUCCUCUACACUCCCUUAAUAUCACAGACUGGCCCUCCAUAUGCUCCUGUAGAUCUCCGGCCUCACCUCAAAAAAAAUUCCUUCAACAGCCAAUUAGAACCUUUAAAACCAGAGCUGCCCACUAACUCACGUCCUAAUUGGCUCACCGAGAGACAAUGGGCUCAGGUGUUGGCUCUGUCAACCAUUGAACCUUUCCGUGAACUGGCGGACCACAUGAUCACGCACGAUAAAUUGUGGCGGGUGUGGUACAUCACUGAGCAGCCGGAGACAGGAACACUGCCUAAGGUAAUGGAAAGGAAGAUACGAGGUGUGGCUAAGCUCAUCCUUAUUAACUGCCUUAGAUCAGAUCGUCUUGAUGAAGCAGCUAUGAUGUACGUACAACGGGUUCUGAAGCAAGAGGCAAGUGAGGCAACAGCCAAAGCUCUUCUCUCUGUAGCAAGUAAAGGUAUCGCCUCAGAGCCCAUCAUCCUCUACAGCUCGGCGCCGCUGGACGUGGAGUACAUCCUGCAGCAGGUCCAGCCUCUGUGUCACCCGAUGAUGUCAUCUGACCCGGAGUCUCUCGACGUGUUGGCUCUUGGUCAAGGCAGAGAGGAGGGUCUCAGUUUACGCUUACAUCGUUGUCUCCAGAAGGGUUACUGGCUCCUUCUGAAGAAGAACACACACACAGUCUCCUGUAUUAACCACCUGAACAAACUUCUUAAGGAUGACGUGAUGAAGUCAGCCCAUAAAAGAUUUCAGGUAUGGAUGUAUUUUGACAGUGAUGAUGAGCUACCUGUUAGCCUGAUGACCUCUUGUCAUAAAGUCUAUCUUAGUUUGCCGACAACAAUUAGGGAUUGUCUUCGGCACCUGUUUGAGUUGGUCGGCGAGAGUCGGCUGGCCUCUUAUAACAACGAGUGGAGCAAGUGGUGCCUCCUGAGUCUUGCUCUGUUCCAUACAGCGUUCGUGACGAGGCAGACUCUUGCGAACAACAGCACUCCUCUGGCACAGACUCUGGGAGAUUCUCAGUGGGAGGAGGCGGAGAAUGUCCUGAGAACUUUGUUGACAGGGAGUGUUUCGCCAAACAGCAGCAUCCUCCCAUCUCUCACAUCUCAGCUCUCUGAUAUCUACGUCUCAGGAGCGCUGACAGAAGAGAGCCAGAGUGUCCUCUCUCAGCUCCUGCUUGUUUACCUUUCUCCUGACGCCAUACAGAAUGUUCCUGGCAGAGUCUCGGCUCUUACUCACUUCACUGUACCCAAAACCACCAGCCUGGAGGACCACCUGGCCCAGAUGGAGUUCAUCUACCUGGCGCAGGACGUCUCCCUCACCGGCGUGGCACCGAUGAUCAUCCUACAGAACCAGAGAGAUGAAGCCAAGGACAUUAACAUUUGUCUGAAGACUAUCAAUGAAGACCCAGAAUCAUGCCAGGCAAUCCAGGACAUGAACUGGUCACAAAGGUUCAGUGUUAAGAGAGACAAGAAGAUACAGAACAUGAAGAUCAAAGGUUCCCUCCAGUCUAUACUGAAGCAGGAGAUUGACGAGUAUACAAAGGCCGCGGAAUAUGUGGCCGUCAAGCUGAAAGUCAGUGAGGAUCUAAACUCCUUAUUAGAGGUACUUAAUAACAGCGUCCCAGACCUAGAUAUCGCACCCGAGGACGAUGAAAUACGUGCGAUCGAGGCCAAGUUAGACAGACUUAAAGCAAGGGGAGAGUUUCUCUUCAAUCUGGCCAGUCGAUCUGAGUCACCGCGGACCGUCCGGCUGGGACUGUUGAGAGAGCCGGCGGCGAUGUGGGCGGCUGUCACUGGCAGCUGCUGGGGGGAACUCCGGUCGGCUGGGCUGGAGGUUGUCGUGGCCACCAAGACGCUGUGUGCCGCCUUGGCUACUAAAGGAGGUGAAGUUGAGGGAAAAGAAGCGAGUGAGGAUGACGAGAGUCCCACGCUGGUCCUGGAGAAGCUGGUGCUGCGAGGGGCGCUGUGGGACCCUGCUGCUGAGGAGGUCAUGACGGAGCAGCUGGGAGCAUGCAUCUCUACCUCCACCUCCCUCGACCUGAGCGUCAUGCAGUACACUCCCCUCGUCAAGAAGAUGCUGAAGAAGUCCUACAGAGUACACCGAACUCCUGUACAUGUCAACAACGAUACUAUGUCUCCACCACUAUUCUGGGUCUACCUUCCCCUCUCCUCCUCCAUCACCAGCCACAACUGCCUUCUAAGUGGUGUUCGGCUCCUUACCUACUGAAGUGUCUGGGUGAUGAUUUGAGUAGGGGAGACAUAAGUUGUUUUGUGUGUGGGGGGGGUAACUCACUACAUGGUGUUGUCUACAAGAAACAAUGUGUGACCUUGAUGUAUCUGCAACUAAAAGAAGUGUUAAUCUGUGUUGAUAUUGGAGAAGAGUGUGACUAGAGAAAAGGUGUUUGGCAUUAGAGAAGUAUGUGGCAUUAAAACAAAUUGUGUAUUAUCAUUAUUGAAAAGUAUAUACCAUGAAAAAAAGUGUAAGAUCAGAUUACAAAAGAUAUACAACUGACAGUGGCAGGAACUAGAGAAGAAUGGAUGGCACUCCCGGAACAUAAGUUAUAACUAUGGCACCCACAGAUUACACCUAGACACAGUUUUUUUUGGGGCUGGCUUCAAUGUUUACUGUAUAUCGAUGUUUGUAAUCAUUAUUUUUUGAGGGGGGGGGAAGUCCAUGUAACUGUAAUAUGAUGAAAUAAACACAAUAUAUUUUACCUAAGUUUAGUGUAGUCUUGUUUGGCCUCUACCUCCCUGUGGCCUCUACCUCCCUGUGGCCUCUACCUCCCUGUGGCCUCUACCUCCCUGUGGUCUCUACCUCCCUGUGUGUUACGUUAAAUGAACAAGAAUCUGUGAGUAUUGUAGAGAGGUAACUUUAAUAUUAGACACUCCGGGCAAGAACAGGAACAAGUGACCAAGUGGUUUCAGAUGUCAUUAUUAUCCUCAGACUUUCCUGUGUUUUAUUUGUGUAUCUUUACUUUGCUGUUUAUUUAUUUCUUGCCCGUAGAGUGUCAGCUAUGUGAAGGAUUUGAUCUUUGGUUUGGUUUGGUUUAGUUUGGUUUGGUUUGGUUUGGUUUGGUUUGGUUUGGUUUGGUUUGGUUUGGUUUGG